AGAGCUUGAACCCUCCACAAACGGUCAGUUUCAAUCCCAAUCCCCAUUUUUUUUAAUAUAUUUCGUACAACUGUAAUGUGUUGAAGGAUAUCUCUUUCUCAGUUUUUUGAGGUGUUUUUUUGGCUAUAAAUACCCCAGUUAUGAACUCCCAUCUCAUCAUUCUCAUAUCCCAAUCUUUCUGCUUCAAACCCCCCUCUAUUCUAACUGUGCUUUUAUUUACUCUGUACCUGCACACAUGAAUUCCAUUCGAAGUUUAUGCCCUGGUAGACAAGCAUGGAAGAUCAGAGCAAGAGUUAUUAGGAAAUGGGAGAUGUCACCUGCUGCUGAACCUUCCAAACCAUAUGCUUUGCAGCUUGUGUUGAUUGAUUCAGAGGGGUGUAAAAUAGAGGCAAAUAUCAAGAAGUAUUUGAUGAGCAAAUUCCAAAGGGACAUAGUUGAAGGAAAUGUAUACACUUUUACAUUUUUUGUGUUGGUGGAUAACAACGGUUCUUAUCGUGCUGCUGAACAUGAUUACAAGGUUAUGGUUGCAAGUCUCAGUGAGAAGAAAUGUGCAGAAGGCAUUGGUGCACUGAAUUUUCAAGGACAACUUGAUGACAAGCCCCAAAAUGGGGGAAGGCCUUGCAAGAUGGCUCAUCUUAGAUGUGCUCCUUGCUGA